UUUCCUUCAUAGGGUGUAGGCACUGUAGUAUCAGGAACAACACUAAAAGGAACCAUUAGAUUAAACGACACUCUAAUGUUAGGUCCUGACCCUCUUGGGCACUUUCAAGCUGUUGCUGUGAAGUCUAUUCAUAGGAAACGAAUGCCUGUCAAGGAAGUCAGAAGUGGACAAACAGCAUCUUUUGCAUUAAAAAAGAUUCGACGUUCUGAUAUUAGGAAAGGUAUGGUGAUGGUCUCUCCAGCUCUAAAUCCUGAAGCAUAUUGGGAAUUUAAGGGUGAAAUUUUGGUUCUUCACCAUCCCACCACAAUCAGUCCAAGAUAUCAAGCCAUGGUUCACUGUGGAAGUAUAAGACAGACUGCAUCAAUUCUUAGCAUGUCCAUGGAUUGCCUACGAACUGGUGAUAAAGCUCUGGUUCAUUUUCGUUUCAUCAAAAAUCCCGAGUAUCUCCGCAUUGGCAUGAGGAUGGUUUUUCGUGAAGGUCGUACUAAGGCUGUUGGUAACAUUGUUUUGCUGCUUCCAAAUGCAACACCCUCUAACAUGAUCAUGCGUUCGAAGCCAAACAAAAUGAGGCCAUCAUCAUCCAGUCCCACCGAAAAUAUUGGAAAACCAGAAAAUGAGCCAAGGAAGCCCAGCAAAAGAAGCAGGGGGCGGCAUCGAGGGAAUCGUCCUUUUGUACGAAUUCCUGUGUAGAUAUCAUCUCAAAUUGUAAUUUCAUUGGCUAUGCAAUUAGUUCAAAUGCACAAUAUUCAUUGUAUGUUUUGAACAUAAACUAUUUUACUUUGAA